GCGACCUGAGUUUGCAGGGGGAGCAGGUGUCACUGUCUCUUCCUCCUUUUACCGAAAAUUUGCGAAUUUAUCGUCUCGUCUGUGAUGGAAGACAGCGAAGACAGAGAAGGAGGGUAUCACCGGGCGGCCAAGCGGCUUCGAACGGAAGAGGAGACUGCUGUAAAAGAGCUAGAGGACGGGGAGGAGGAGGAGGAGGACUCUGGCGGUGAGGAGGCAGCGGGCAGCGGAGGCACAGAGAGCCGGAGGAGCGGAGGGAAGGAUAGUGUGGAGGACAGUCAUCGCAUCCCCCCAUCUCCAGUCGUUCAUGUUCGAGGACUUUGUGAUGCUGUGGUGGAAGCUGACCUGGUGGAGGCACUUGACAAGUUUGGCAACAUCUGUUACGUAAUGAUGAUGCCUUUCAAGCGUCAGGCUCUGGUGGAGUUUGACAGCGUGGAGAGUGCUGAGCGCUGCGUGUCGUGUGGAACCCGUGAGGCCGUUUACGUCGCUGAGCAGCAGGCUUUUUUCAACUUCUCUACCAGCCAGAGAAUCACCAGACCCACCAACGCAGACGACCCCUCCAGUGGAAACAAGGUUCUCCUGCUGUCCAUACAGAACCCUCUGUACCCCAUCACCACUGAUGUGUUGUACACUGUGUGUAACCCAGUUGGUAAUGUCCUGCGUAUUGUCAUCUUCAAACGCAAUGGCAUCCAGGCCAUGGUGGAAUUUGAGUCAGUGGACGAUGCUCAGAAGGCCAAACUUGCUCUGAAUGGAGCUGACAUCUACGCGGGUUGCUGCACGCUCAAGAUUGAAUACGCUCGGGUAAACACACACACACACGCACACACACAGCUCUUAACAAGCACACACAUGCAUACCCUCAUGCCCACGCACACACACCCACACAGAGGUGCUGUGCUCUGUCGCCCGCUGCAGCCCAGCAGACUAAACGUCAUCCGCAACGACAACACCAGCUGGGAUUACACCAAACCCUUCCUCCUGCACCGAGAGCGGGGGAAGGGGAGGCAGCGUCAGGCCAUACUGGGAGAGCAUCCAUCCAAUGGCUAUGGCCCACACUGCCCCCUGUUGCCUCUACCUGCUAACAGCAGGAACAGGAGGAGCAGGGAGGAGGUGCAGGAGAGGAUCUCUUACCCACUGCUCCUCCAUAAGACUGCUCCCCCAUCCUCUUCCUCAUUCCUUGGCCAAAGCAUUUCUAGCUCUGUUGCCAUGGUGAGUGGCCUCCAUCCUGCCAAGAUGAACUGCAGCCGCAUCUUCAACCUCUUCUGUCUCUAUGGCAACGUGGAGAAGGUGAAGUUCAUGAAGAGCAUUCCUGGCACAGCAUUGGUAGAGAUGGGUGAUGAGUAUGCUGUGGACCGAGCUGUGACUCACCUAAACGGUAUCAAGGUGUUUGGCAAGAAACUCAACGUUUGUGUAUCCAAGCAGCAGGCUGUGAUUCCCAGUCAGGUGUUCGAGCUGGGCGACAGCAGCUGUAGCUACCAAGACUUCGGUUUAACCAGAAACAACCGCUUCAGCAGUUCACAGAGCAGCAGGAACAUCAUCCAGCCGCCCACCACCGUGCUGCACUUUUACAAUGCCCCGCCCAACCUCAGCCAACAUCAGCUGCAGAAGCUCUGUACUGAACACAGCAUCCCAGCCUUUUCCAAGUUCAAGGUUUUUGAUGCCAAACCCAGCUCAAAGACUCUGUCUGGUCUGUUGGAAUUUGACAGUAAAACUGAAGCUGUUGAGGCUCUGACGGUCCUCAACCACCACCAGAUCCGAACACCCAACAGCUCCAACCCUUUCACUCUGAAGCUCUGCUUUUCCACCUCCUCCCAUCUGUGAGCCACAAACAAGACGGCUACCACUGAUGCAAAUUCCUCGAGGACAAACCAGAGAGAGCAUUUAUUUGUUCCUCAUAAAGAGAAAAGGAUGGGCAGAAGAUCCACACUUUAGAAUGGGUGACUGUUGUGUGUUGAAAUGAGUUGCAUCAUCUUAAUGAUCAUUGAUCCAGACUUUUCUUUGUGAAUACUUAAUCUCAUGGUUUCAGUGUAAUUACAGUAUUUGAAUCAGUUAAUGUCCUUGCAGGCACUUAAAUAUGAGCACACUGGAAGAAAACUCAUGGAAAGCAAGGGAGUAACAACCAGGGAAAUGUGUGGGUCACUCUGGGUACAGUCCAAAUGCUGUUAAUGUGUAAUUAAAGAUUAAAAAAAAAGAGCAUAGAGUUUACAUGAUUAUUGAAGCCCACCUGUAUUAAAGUUUAAUUUUCUUCAACUGAAAAAUACUAGGGAAAGGCCUUUCAUAAACAUUUACACCAUAAAUAUAGUUUGUGUUUUCUACCAGCACCUCUGAGCUCCUUUGGUAGGUCCUUAAAAUUAAACCCAGCUUUAAUCAUGAAAUCAUGUCUGUUUUAUAUGUGCUCUAUCUCACUCACACCCUUCCAUUGUAAAAGUGUAAAUCUGUCAGUAUGCUGUAAAGUAGGAGCUGGUUCCUCUAACUAGGCCUGGGAAAAACGUUAACACCAUUUAUUUCCUGUCUGUGUAGAUUCUCAGUCAUCCAGGUCAUAGUAGU